AUGAACCCGGUGAAUGCUACAGCCUUGUACAUCUCCGCCAGUCGCCUGGUACUCAACUACGGCCCCGGGGAAGAUCCGCAGUGCCUGGCCGAGAUCGGCAAGCUGCUGCCCUACUUCCGGCAGUCGCUCUCCUGCUGCGUGUGCGGAAAUCUGCUACAAGAUCCAAUUGCACCCACCAACUCUACAUGUCAACAUUAUGUCUGUAAAACCUGUAAAGGCAAGAAGAUGAUGAUGAAACCAUCAUGUAGUUGGUGCAAAGACUAUGAGCAGUUUGAAGAAAAUAAACAGUUAAGCAUUCUGGUGAACUGUUAUAAAAAACUAUGUGAGUACAUAAUACAAACGCCAUUAGGACGAGAUAUUAAGCAAGCUGUUGACAGUUCCCCAGAUCUUUUGACUUUGCUUAAAGAUGGCACCCCACUCAGUGUUGACACAGAAAAAGCAUCUGAUGAAGCCUUGGCAAUGUGUUUGAUCCGUUCCCCUUCACCUUCAACUUCAGAGUAUGCUAACGAGCCUCCAACAAGUUGUUCUAUACCUGAAAGCACCUAUGAUUGUGAUGUAAAAGGCUCCACUGUUAAUGGUCUGCCCAGUUGUAAUGGGCUCUCAGUAGAUAAACUUGGAGUAAAUAUUCCAUCUCCUGAACAUGCAAAUACAGUCAGUAUAUGUAAUCCUGGACAAUACAUAAAAACUGAAGAUAUUUCUAGCAGUCUUCAGCCUAUGUGUGACAUAGUUUCCCCUGGUGACUUGUGUGCAACCGGCAUUGAUAUUCAUGGUUUCAGUGAAGACAUCAAACCUGGUGACCCUCUUUUACUUAGUGUUGAGGAAGUGCUACGGAGUUUGGACUCCAAUGCAGGAGUAUGUAGCCCUAAUCUACAGCACAGCUUGGAAACCAAUUUAACAAAUGGUCCAUUUUUGCAGCUUUCACCCCCACCAACUAGCCACAAUGUGUAUAUAUCAGUGGAUGCUUCACCUCAUGGGAUUUCAUGUACAGCUGCAACACCUAAGGUAGCAAAAUUAAACAGAAAGCGAUCACGAUCAGAAAGUGACAGUGAAAAGCUUCAGCAUAUUCCAAUUUCUAGCAUUCUUUGUGGCCCAACAUUGGGGGCCUCAGCUCCAGUAAUGAUGAAGCAGGAAUCAAAGAUGUCUUUGCAGUCAAUAGUAGCUGUACCUAAUGGAGGUACUGCUCCUAAAAUAGGUAAAACUGUACUACUAUCAAAUAAAAGCAUGAAAAAAAAUAUAGACCAUACCACCAAGAAAUCUCAUCCAAAAUCUAAAUCAGGAAUGCUAAAAAAGUCGAAAGAAAAAAAUCCUAGCAGUCACGUUGUGCCAGGAAGUCCAACAAAAACUGUGUACAAAAAGGCACAAGAGAAAAAGGGGUGCAAAUGUGGCCGAGCUACACAAAAUCCAAGUGUUCUUACAUGUCGUGGCCAGCGCUGCCCUUGCUACUCAAAUCGCAAAGCCUGUUUAGACUGCAUAUGCCGUGGCUGCCAAAAUUCAUAUAUGGCUAAUGGGGAAAAGAAAUUGGAAGCAUUUGCAGUGCCAGAAAAAGCUUUGGAGCAGACUAGGCUUACUUUGGGCAUUAAUGUGACCAGCAUUGCGGUGCGCAAUGCCAGCACAAGUACCAGUGUAAUUAAUAUGACAGGGUCACCGGUAACGACAUUUUUAGCUGCCAGUACAAACGAUGAUAAGAACUUGGAUGAAGCUAUGGACAUGAGAUAUGACUGCUGAGUCUUUCUUUCUCCCCUCCUUUAGUAAGGGGACUGCUACAAUUUGAAGGCAGCUAUGGUUCUCUUUAACUUGCCGGAGCUCCUGCAUAUAGAUCACUUGUAUCAAGUGUUUUCAUUGCUAUGUUGUGUGUUAGUGUCAGGGAAAUAGUUUGCUGGUAAUUGCGGAAUUAUCCCAAAACAGUCUUUAGUUCUUACAACAUCUCAUAGUUUGAGAUCAAAUCCUAAUGUAAAUGAUUUUUAAUACAGAACUACUUUUUUGGCAUAUACUGACCUUGUUGUACCAAUUCAUGCUUUGUGCUUAAUCAGAAAUUGAUUUAAUAUACGGAAAUUAUUUCUAGUCAGUCCAUCACAGUUGUGCUAAUACAUGAUGUAUCCAUGUUCAGUAUCAUCAUUGCAAGAAAAAUGACAUGCUAAACUAAUAAAAACUUCAACAGCCAAUCUUGUAAUACCACAUUAUUUGUGGAUAGGGAAGUUAAUAAUUCAGCACCUAAACUUUGUUCAGAAAUAAAAGAUAUUACUAUAAUUGUCCAGCUACUGUAUGCUGACCUGAAACCAAGAAAUGAUCAUACUGGACUUUAGCUUCAGUUGAUAUCACUCAAGACGUUCAAAAGCUUGAUCAUCUUUUGGAAAAGAAAAAGUUGUUCCUGUUUUUUAAUUUCACACUUUUUUUUACAGAUUGAUAUCAUUAAUCUGUGUCAUGCUAUGUCAUAAACUUAACAUUCAUCAUCGGGAUAUUUUUGCUGAGUUCAUUAUGAAAUAGAUACUGUAUUUUUUUAACUCUGUUAUGCUAGUUGGCUAAAAAAUAAAAAUGGUUUUAAGUCUUAUGCCAAAGUUAUUGAGACAUCAUUAUAUUUUAGAUUUUAAAAUCUGACAGCUAUUAGCACAUUCUUGCAGUUUAAGGCAUGUAACACUGUCAAAACAUAGUUUUCACUUGAAAUUACCAUAUCUGUUCCAAGAUUAGGCCCUUGGUUUUCCCCAAUUUAUAUUUGUGGCAGGCUCCUGGAUUAAAUCCUACAAUGCAAGAGUAGAAUGUGUCAAGAAUGGAGGUUUUCUUAGUUGAUAUCCUUAAAGAGCUGAUAUAAAACCUGCUGAUUAAGCAGGAUUUUGAAAUUAAUUCUAAGUUACACCAUUGGAAAAGUCAAUCCACAUUGAAAAUAUGUUAAUUCGUAUCAAUUUUACGAAUUACGAUUAGUGUUUAAUACUUCUUUAUUUUAUUUUGCAUAAAGUAUGGGCUGACUAGAACAGAAAAUAUUGGGUUGUAUCCAAUUAAACCUCUUCCUUACAACCCUAUGGAGGGAGGGAAGACUGUCGUCAGGAAAUGUCCUAUUGUACAAGUCAAAGAUUUCUUUUGCAACACUGGAUUUUGCCCUUUUUGUUAUCUUGUUUUAUAAAGGACUAUGUUCUGAUUUACAGCAAUAUUUCAGCAGCUGUUAUAAAAAGACAUUAUACCAUAGAUUCUUAAACACAUUUAUGUUUGCCAUCUAAUUGUUAACUGGAUAAUAUUGCUAAUGAACUGUAACAUUAGAUAUGUUGGAUUUGGCACAAAGCAUGUACAAUGAUGGUUACUAGGUCUAAAAAUAAGACAAAAAGUUUUGGAUACUGGUUGGGUGAUGUCUCCUUUUUCUUCUAUAGUGUACCAGGUGUCAUUUUAUGUCAAUGUGAGCAAAUAAUUAUUUUGUUGACUUUCAGAUUUGUUUUCCCCCCUGUCUUUUCUGUGGGUGGGGCAGGGUGUGGGGGGAGGGUUAAAGCCAUAGGAAGAAGAAUGUGAUGUAAGUGUUCAGUAUGUUUUUUUGUUUCUGUUUUGCAAGAAGAGUUGAAAAAUAUUUUUGAUAAUGAGAGUAAAUGGUGGAAAAUGCUCUUUAGUAUUCCUGUCUUUUUUUGCAGCUAACCUCUUGAAUUUUACAUUUAACUUGUAAUUUAAUAUGUCCUAUUAAAAUAUAUCAGAUGAAUAUGAAUAUGAUUUUUAUGCGGACCAAAUAGGAUGUCCCAUUUUUGAAUCUUAACUUUCUAAAGCAAAACUUUUUCUUUCAGUAUCUUAAGAAGGGUAAUCAAAGCAGAAGUCUUGAAAUUUAUCCUAACAUACAUGGUGCAAUGGAAAGCUAAUGGAAGUAGUCAUUAAACUUUUUCUUUCUUUCUAAACAUUUCUGAUAGUUCAGUUAUGAAGUUCUACUGUGUAAUAAAUACGCCUGUUCUCCAUAUUUUGGUAUUUUUCAGACAUACUAAUAGCAUUUUGUUAGCUGAUUAUUUAAAUAUUCCUUGGAAUUGUUUAUUUGUUAUUCUGUAUCUUUGACGGUUAAUUCAAGUUUGUUUUAAUGAUACAAGUUUUCUUCUUCACUGCCAUAGAAGCUGAGGUAAUAAAUGUCAGUCCUAAAACUGAAUUUUGUAAAACAACAUAAAAUAUUUAGUGCU